GUUCAACUAGUUACCAACGCCACUCCAUCCGGUUCCCUGGACGGCGCCGGUUCGGCGACGGAUCGGCGCCCAAGCCGACGGAACCAGCCCGCUCCUUUUCCUUGCAGGACUAACCGGUUGGUGGACUUGGUUGAUGGACUGGCAGUGCGAAUGGGACAAGAGAGAAGGAGAUUUCCACGCCUCGGCUACCCGACCCGAGGGCGCGCUGCGCCGCGAUGCCGAUGCGGUGUGAUGCGAUACCAAUGCCGUGCGAUGCGCUCCGGGCGCAGUGCGGAGUUGUGUGUGAGAGAAGGGAGGGUUUCUUUCUCAGCUUGUUCAAUUCCUGUCAACGAUGCAUGGACCUUUGCUGGUGAGGUCCUCGCUCCUCUCUCUCUCUCUCUCUUUCUUCUCUCUACACACUCUCUCUCUCCUUUGCAUCCUUUCCGCGGCAUCCCUCGCCCAACAUCUCUCCCCUGCUCGCUGUACCUUCUGGAAUCAACUCACCUGGUCACUGCUCCGAGAUUUGUUUGCCCCCUUGGCACAGCCCGCCGCCGCCGCCACCACCCCGGGUUGACACGGACGACCCCUCGGUCGACUUAGACGCCCGUCCGCUCCGGUAUAAGUGAGACACGCGACCCGACGAUAUUGCCGUCACCUCCAACACACGCACGCACGCAAGACUUUUUUCCGCCGCACGACUGCAUAGUUACGGGUGCGGAUAGGUCCAUGGCCAUCCUUUGCAACUAGUACACCAUGGAUGAAAAGAACUUGGACGCACAACAACAACAACAUCAACAUCAACAACCUGCUCCUCCGGUCGCAGCCACGCCCAGGUCACCCUCGACCGCCAACACCGUGACUUGGCAGCACCAUGGCCAGCUGUCGGAGGAUCGCUCUGCACUGCCGCGCUCUAGCUUCGACGCGGAGAAGCACGAACAUCUGCGCGACCUGACGGACGACUCGGACGAUGACGAGGCCUCCUCCACGUCGGAAUCCAGCCGGGACCGCAGCUGCAGCGACGAGCCGUCGGCUCCGGGACCCCCUCGCGUCGCCGCCAGGGCCAAAACGUCAGUCAAGGCGGCGGCGGCAAGAGGCGAUGUCCUGUCUCGGACCGUCUCCGAGGUCAGAGACGGCAUCCCCAACCAGCGGGAUCUCGAGCUCGGCGGCGUUGAUGGCAACAAUGACGGGGACAAGUUGGCGGCGGCGUCGGCCGGGGAGGGGGGAGAGCCCGUUGCCGCCGUCGCCAUGGACAACGACCCGAAUCUCGUGCAGUGGGCAGGCCGCGACGACCCGGACAACCCCAAGAACUGGACCAUGAAGCGCAAGUGGGCGGCGGUGCUGUGCGUGUCCUCGUUCACGCUCAUCUCGCCGGUGGCGUCGUCGAUGGUGGCGCCGGCGCUCAACGCCAUCGGCGACGACCUGGCCAUCGAGGGCGAGCUGGAGCGCGCCCUCGUGCUGUCCAUCUUCGUGGCCGCCUACGCCCUCGGCCCCCUCGCCUGGGGCCCCCUGUCGGAGCUGUACGGGCGCACCAUCGUGCUGCAGUCGUCCAACCUCGUCUUCCUCGUCUUCAACCUCGGCUGCGGCUUCGCCCGCACCGAGGCCCAGAUGAUCGCCUUCCGCUUCCUCGCCGGCAUCGGCGGCUCGGCGCCCCUGGCCAUCGGCGGCGGCCUCCUCAGCGACCUCUUCGACCCGGAGCAGCGCGGCAAGGCCAUGAGCGUCUACUCGCUCAUGCCGCUGCUGGGCCCGGCCAUCGGCCCCAUCGCCGGCGGCUGGAUCGCCGAGCGCACCAGCUGGCGCUGGGUCUUUUACAGCACCACCAUCGCCUGCGGCGUCGUCCAGGCCGCGGGCCUGCUCUUCCUCCAGGAGACGUACGCGCCCGUCCUGCUGCAGCGCCGCCGCGCCCUCCUCGCCCGGCAGACGGGCAACGCCCUCCUGCGCACCGCCUACGACCGCCCGGACCGCACCCUCGCGCAGACGCUCGCCGUCGCCCUCACCCGGCCCUUCCGCCUGCUCCUCACCCAGCCCAUCGUGCAGGUCAUGUCCCUCUACAUGAUGUACCUCUACGGCAUGAUCUACCUCGUCCUCUCCACCUUCCCCGCCCUCUGGACCGGCACGUACCACGAGUCGGUCGGCGUCGGCGGCCUCAACUACCUGUCGCUGGGCAUCGGCUUCUUCAUCGGCACGCAGGUCUGCGCCCCGCUGCAGGACCGCAUCUACGCCGCCCUCAAGCGCCGCUACGUGCCCGGCGGCGGGCCCGGCCGCCCCGAGUUCCGCGUCCCCAUGAUGGUCCCCGGCGCCCUCCUCGUCCCCGCCGGCCUGCUCGUCUACUCGUGGACCGCCGACGCCGCCGCCCACUGGGUCUGGCCCAACGUCGGCGCCGCCAUCUACGCCGCCGGCACCAUCAUCAGCUUCCAGUGCGUCCAGGGCUACAUGGUCGACUCGUACGCCCGCUACGCCGCCAGCGCCGUCGGCGCCAUGACCGUCCUGCGCAGCCUCGCCGGCUUCGGCUUCCCCCUCUUCGCCCCCUACAUGUACGCCGCCCUGGGCUUCGGCAAGGGCGGCACCGUCCUCGCCGCCUGCGCCGUCGGCAUCGGCUGGCCGAGCCCCGUCUUGCUGUGGGUGUACGGCGCGAGGCUGCGCGCCAGGAGCAAGUUUAGCAGCUAAAAAGUCUGUUUUCUUCUCCUUCUUCUCCUUUUCCCUCUUUGGCCCACCGAUGCCCCUCUCGUUUGGGGUGGUUUCUUCUCUCUAGUCAUUUUUCUCAUCAUCGAUAUGAAUAUUACCCGGCAUAGCGUGGCUACGGCAUCAUCGAAACAAGUUCUGUGAAAGCAUCAUACUGGAGACGGCUACAAGCAGCAUUGAGGGGCGUUUU